AUGGCUCCAGUGACUCUCCAGACGGUCGAUGCUAAUGAUCGUUGCGCAGACGAUCUCAAGGAUGUGAUCCAGCACCUGUUCGAGAUCCAAUCCGCCGUCCACGGCUACUUGGGCCCGGAGACUCAGCAAGAGCUGGUCCGAAAGAUCAAAAACCUCACCCUCACCCUCUCCACCUUAUCCUCGCACACGCAACUCCCCGACACAGCAGCGGGCCAAGACCCCGACUUGUCGUCGGCCGAUCCCUCCAACCCCCCGCUCGCCAGCAUCCAGCUGCCCCCCGAAAUAAUCGACUACGUCGACUCCGCGCGCAACCCGGACAUCUACACGCGCGAGUUCGUGGAGCUGGUGCAACGCGGCAACCAAGAUCUACGAGGCAAGCGCGAAGCUUUUGCAGGGUUUCGGGACGUGUUGGCCCGCGAGAUGCGCAGCGCCAUGCCCGAGUGUCGCGACGAAGUGGACCGUGUGGUGCGUGCGACCGGGGGCGGCGAGCCCGACAUCACGACGACUGAUGGUUCUGAAGGAAUGGGAGGAAUGGCAAGAGGGUCAGCUGCUGGUCCAGGCGCAGCGUCAUGA